CCCAAUCACCUCGUUUUGCUUCAGGUCCCAGCUCGUUUUCUACCAAUGCUCAGUUCAUGAAACGUGCAGAAGACUCCGCCGUCGACUCAGGCUCGUCACACUCGUCGUCCAAGGAUGAUCUCACCGACAAGGUUUACACCGCUGGAAGCCCCCGUCUUAAACAGCUUUCUGAUGAUGUGUUCCUUCAAUCUGACGAUGACGACCACUCUAAAACCAUUGGCCAUAUCAACCGCUACUUACACACAGACCAAAUCCAGUCUCAAGGUGGCGAUAUUACCAGAGACAUUUACAAGUUGGUAGACAACAAGACCCAGCGCCCGGGAAGAACCAGGAGUUUAUCGUCUACUGAGCUUGAAACUAGCCGCAGAGGAUCCAUGGCCUCGUCUAUCAACACCCCCGGUGGCUUUAGAAGAGAGUUCAUUCUCAACAAGAAGAACAGUGCAAACACCCGCCAGGCCAGCUUGUUCACGAGAAACUUUGUGGAGUUUUUGAGCAUAUAUGGCCAUUUUGCCGGUGAAGACUUGGAGUCCGACGACGACAUCGCAUGCCACUACGAGCCCAACUUGCCCCGAAAAUACCGGGGCGUGGAUGAAGAAGCACCGCUACUUUCACAUGAAGACGAUGGUGUGUCGUACUCUUUAAUCAACCCAAAGGGCACUGCUACCGACACAAAGGCCUAUUUUCUAUUGGUGAAGGCAUUUGUAGGCACCGGCGUGUUGUUUUUGCCCCGCGGAUUCAGCAACGGAGGAUUGGUAUUUUCCAUCGUCACCUUGAUGUUUUUCGGGGUCUUGUCGUACUGGUGUUACUUGAUCUUGGUGCACAGCAAACAGGCGACUCGACUUCCUAGUUUUGGAGAUAUGGGCCUCAAGCUCUACGGUGAAUGGCUCCAGCAGUUGAUUUUCACGUCAAUUGUCAUCUCCCAGGUGGGAUUUAUCGCUACGUACAUUGUGUUCACGUCUCAAAAUAUCCAAGCGUUCUUGCGAAAUGCCAUUGGACUCGACAACUUGGACAUCAAGUGGUUUAUUUUGGGGCAGCUCUUUGUGUUGAUCCCACUUUCGUUGGUUAGAGACAUCACAAAGUUGUCGCUUGUGGCAGUGUUGGCCAACUUUCUUAUAUUGUUUGGGUUGGUGACGAUUAUUUAUUUCAUUUUGAUUGACUUGUUCAUUGAGAACAGUGGUGCUGUGGGUGACGGCAUUCAGUUCCUCUUCAACAAGAAGGAAUUUUCCAUGUUCAUAGGAAUCGCCAUAUUUGCAUUCGAGGGAAUCGGCUUGAUUAUUCCCAUCCAGGAAUCAAUGAUUUACCCCAACCAUUUCCCCAAAGUGUUGUUUCAAGUCAUCCUCACCAUAUCCGUUAUCAUGAUUGGGGUGGGGACCUUGGGCUAUGUGACAUACGGGCAGCACAUCGAGACCGUCAUCCUCUUGAACUUGCCGCAGGACUCGGUGUUUGUGAUUUCCAUCCAGUUGUUGUACUCGUUGGCCAUCUUGUUGUCCACCCCACUUCAGAUCUUCCCGGCCAUCCGGUUGAUCGAGCUGAAGUUGUUUGUGAGAACCGGUAAGAACUCGUUGACCAUAAAAUGGCUCAAGAACCUUUUUAGAGCAUCCUUUGUUAUUGGGACCGCAAUUAUAGCCUUGUAUGGUGGGAAGAACUUGGACAAGUUUGUUUCAUUUGUGGGAUGUUUUGCCUGUAUCCCGUUGGUGUACAUGUAUCCUCCGAUGUUGCAUUUGCGAAGCUGCUGUGUCAUUGGCGAAGGCUUGUCCCCCGCCGAGAUCAGACGGAGAAUUGUUUUGGCAUACCUGAACUACGGACUCCUUGUCAUUGGUGCGUGUGCAUUAUCCUAUACCACCUACGAUAUCUUAGCCAGCUGAGCUACUUGAACAAGUCAUAAAUAUAUACUCUAGCAUCAUGAACCACUGUAGUUAGACUGGUUUCAGUACUGGCCAACGUGGCCUCCAAUUGUGUCUUCUGGUUGUCCAAUUCCUUCAAGAUCUUGGAUUGUUGUUGAAACACUUCGGGAAACUUUUCUGACUCAAAAUAUACUAGCUUUGCUUUGGUUCCCUGGAAGGUUUGGGGCAUAUAGUAAGCAAAGGAUGCCGUUCCAAACAAUGUAGGUGCAAGAAACCGGGUGGGCAAUGAAGACUUACUGGCCAAAAUGGAUCCAGUCAAAGUGAGGGUCAAAAUGUAGAUUAUAUUGGGCAACACCGGGUCUUUGAUCAGGGUGCUGACUUUGGUGCUUAAGGUAUUGAGUUCAUUGCGGGUGGCACUGAUUUGGGUGUCGAUUUCGGCCUCAAUUACCGAGAGUUUAUCAUGUAAAUAUAAUCUGGCUUUGUUCAACAGCGACUCUAAAUAGGGUACCGUCCGAAUAGUCAUACCUUUGACAAGUGAAACAUCGCCAUGGGCACCUUGUUGUUGUUUCAAGUCCUUGGAGAUCUCGGCAUUGUAGCCGGGUUUGGUAAUGACCACCUCGUCGUCUUCGUAGAAGGAUCUGGCCAUGAUUGGAGGUUUGCGAGAAAGCAAAUUGUGAGAGCGAG